AUGGCACUAGCCCUCUGUCUGUAGGUGCUGUGCAGUCUGUGUGGCUGGCUCUCACUCUACACAUCUUUCUGCCACCUGAAUAAGCACCGAAGCUAUGAGUGGAGCUGCCGGCUGGUGACAUUCACCCACGGAGUCCUCUCAAUAGGCCUCUCAGCUUAUAUUGGCUUCAUUGAUGGCCCAUGGCCUUUUACCCAUGCAGGAUCACCCAACACUCCUCUCCAGGUUCACGUUCUGUGUCUCACCCUGGGCUACUUCAUCUUUGACUUGGGUUGCAUCUGGCGCUUUGCUUGGAAGAAAAGCAUCAAAAAAUACCAUGCCUGGAGAAGCAGGUGGAGUGAGGAACGGCAGCUGAAGAGUAAUGGACAUCUCAAGAUACACUAGGCGAGGGUUGCUCCAGUUAGGAGAAGGGUGGAGUCAGCCGUGGGGACCAGGUUGGAAAUCGGACUGAUACAGGAUCAGGCUUAUAACAAACUUAGGUUUCCAUAAAGGGCUAAAAUUAUUGA